AUGGAUUCUUCUACUGCCUGUAUGUUGACACUCGCUAAUGACACUUUGCAAUCUGUUAACGUGGGAGAUAGCGGGUUUGUAGUGAUCAGAGACGGGGACCGGAUAACCAAAGAUGUUCCAUCUGCAUUGGACCAUGAAGUGGCAGCAGUUGGAUAUGGAUCCACAAAGGGGACAGACUAUGUCAUUGUCAAGAACUCUUGGGGUCCCAAAUGGGGAGAGAAGGGUUUCAUCAGGAUGAAGAGAAACACCGGCAAGCCUGCAGGAAUCUGUGGCAUCAACAAAAUGGCUUCUUUCCCUAUCGAAAAGAAGUGA